AUGGCCGCUCUCGCUACAGCUUUACCUCAGCCCAUUUACGCCCCCACUAUCUCAGACGAUGAGGAGGAGGUUGUUUUACCCCAGGCAGCUCCAUCUCAGUCUGUGAUUGUCCGGAACGUAGUUCCACCAUACGGGCAGCGGAUAGGUUGGAAACCAACUUCUCCGGAUGACUUCGGUGAUGGUGGUUCGUAUCCGGAGUGUCAUGUCGCGCAGUAUCCCUUGGACAUGGGGAAGAAGAAGGCUUCCUCAGGCAACACUCUCGCUUUACAAGUCGAUAGCGAAGGCAAUGUACGCUACGAUGUCAUUGCACAACAGGGUCAACGUCCAGGCAAAAUUGUGCAGUCCCAAUUCAAGGACCUCGUUCCCCUUUCCCACCGGAAAGACUUGGACGAUAGUGCGCGUGAGAUGGAGCGACCGUCUGAAGAUGAGGUGCAAAGUACCACAGAUAGGACGCGUGCAGCGUUGGAGAAGCUUGUGAACGGUAAAAUCAAAGCAGCGCAGCCAAAGAAUGUACCGGAUAGUCAGGGCAAGACGUCCUUCAUCCGAUACACCCCUGGGCAACAGAAUGGCUCAGACGGACUGAAGCAGCGGAUCAUCAAAAUGACGGAGAUUGUGGAGGAUCCCUUAGAGCCCCCACGAUUCAAACACAAGAAGAUUCCUCGAGGUCCGCCAAGUCCACCACCACCCGUGCUGCGGAGUCCACCAAGAAAGGCCACUGCGCAGGAGCAAAAAGAAUGGAUGAUCCCACCUUGCAUCUCCAAUUGGAAGAACAACAAGGGUUACACAAUUCCACUCGACAAACGCCUUGCUGCCGAUGGUCGUGGUCUCCAGGAUGUGCACAUCAAUGACAACUUUGCGAAGUUCUCAGAAUCUCUGUUUAUCGCUGAUAGACAUGCACGCGAGGAAGUCCGCCAGCGCGCUCUUAUGCAGCAGAAGCUCGCAGAGAAGGAAAAGGCGCAAAAGGAGGAGAAUCUCCGCAUGCUCGCCCAACGCGCACGUGAAGAGCGCGCCGGCAUUGCUCCUGCGCGAGCCGCACCGACGGCAGAGCGCACGGCAGCGAUGAAGUCAUCUCUGGGCGCGUAUGGCAGCGAUAACGGGAGCGGCUCGGAGGCGGAAGUGGAGGAAGAGGAGGACGAGGAGUCGGCGCGCGUACGGGACCAGAUGCGGCAGGAGAAGCGGAUAGAGCGCGAGCGGGAGAUGCGCAUGAGCAACAUGGGCACGGAGCAACGCGCCAAGAUGCUUGCGCGGCAGCAGAAUCGCGACAUCUCAGAGAAGAUUGCUCUUGGGCUGGCGAAACCGACGCUCACCAAGGAGUCGAUGCUCGAUUCGCGGCUCUUCAACCAGGAGUCGCUCUCUGGUUCGUUUGCGGAUGACGAUGCGUACAAUCUGUACGACCGCCCUCUCUUCCAUGGCUCAACUGCUGCGGCUGCGAUCUAUAAGGCGCGGGGCAACAUUUCGGAGGGCAAUCAGGACUCGUAUGGGGAGGGCACAGAAGAAGGUAUUGGAAAAGCGUUGGACAAUGAUAGGUUCGGCCUUGGUCAGGCAAGGAUCGGCUUCGAGGGGUCGCAAGAUCAGGAGGUUAGGGAGGGUCCAGUGCAGUUCGAGAAGGACACCGGCGACGUAUUCGGACUUGACAAGUUCCUGGAUGAGGCGAAGACCGGAAAGAAACGGGGCUUGGACACCGAAGUUGGCAACUCACGCAAGCGGCAACAGCUCGACAGAGCGUCGGAGCGUGAUUCAUGA